AUGUCCAUCGACAUCAACUGGGAGACGCUCACCGGCGGGGCCGACGGCAUUGCUCGUGCCGAGACGAUUCGAGCCUUCAUUCACGACCGAUUCCAGCAGAUAACGUUGCCUCGUUUUAUCCGAUCCGUCCACGUUCAUUCGUUCGACUUUGGCAGCGUGCCUCCUGAAAUUGAAAUCAAAGAUAUCUGCGACCCUCUACCAGACUUUUACGAGGAAGAUGAAGAUUACCCAGAUGGCGAGGACCGAGAGGAUCCUUGUCCCGACGAGCAACGUGACCAGCGUAAUGAACUCCCUCCCCGCACCGUGAAGGACCGCCCACCUGGGUUGCGCUCGUCGCUCGCGUUGCCCGACCAAAUUGGUAAUCCUCUCCUACCCAGAGCAUCAACCCCCGGGAUUCCUGGAGGCACUUCAAACAUCAAUUACUUUCACCUUCCACUUAGCGCAGGACUGUCUGGAUCUACUACCCCUCUGGCGGCUGUUGCGGGAGCUCAACUUCAAGGAUGGCCGGACUAUCUCCAUGGCCGCCCGACAACGCCUACCAACAUGCGUCUCCGCAACGUCGCGUCAUUUGGCUCUCUGACAUUAACUCCCCAGUCGAAUCCGGACCCCAGCACAAGACCCUCCUCUCAGCACCAACAAAUCAAUCCUUCAAGAAGGAACUCGGUUGCGGAUUCCACCGGGCCACACUCGGACGAUGGCUCUGCUGGCACACCAUCUGUCUCACCACCUCGCAUGCGCGAAAAAAGCCCGGAGGAUGUCCAAGUAGUAGCGCAUGUACAGUACUCUGGGGACAUCAAAUUAUCGCUCACAGCAGAGAUAUUACUUGAUUAUCCGAUGCCGAGCUUCGUGGGCAUACCGCUCAAGUUGAACAUCUCCGGGCUAACCUUUAACGGUGUGGCCAUCCUGGCGUACAUCAAGAAAAGAGCACAUUUCUGCUUCUUGUCCCCCGAGGAUGCCCAUGCACUGGUGGGCGCUGAGGCAAAUGACGACUCCUUGCAAGCCGAUUCGCCCUUUCCACAUCAGCGGGACAGUCAACGACCCCGGAUUGGCGGACUUCUCGAGCACAUCAAGGUCGAGAGUGAAAUCGGCGGAAAAGGUGACGGCAAACAAGUCCUCAAGAAUGUUGGCAAAGUGGAGUCUUUUGUGUUGGAGCAGGUUAGGCGCAUCUUUGAGGACGAGUUCGUCUACCCAAGCUUUUGGACAUUCCUAGUUUGA